GAGGAGGGGCGACUCACUCGAGCCAACUCCGACAGAAAAUGUCUGGAAUUCCGUUUCCGCUUUAGGGAGUGGACGCUGAUUUUCUCUCUAACUUCAGUCCCAAAACAACUGGAGUCCUCCACGUCCACUCCACCAGCUCUCUCUGUGUGUGUGUCUGGAUUAAACUGCAGAGAACACCAUGGCGUCCUCGCCUCAGAAGUCCCCGUCCUCUCCGAAGUCUCCGACCCCUAAGUCCCCGUCCUCGAGAAAGAAGGAUGACUCUUUCCUCGGGAAACUUGGAGGAACUUUGGCCAGGAGGAAAAAGGCUAAAGAAGUGUCCGAGCUUCAGGAAGAAGGGAUCAAUGCCAUUAACCUUCCUCUCAGCCCGUCACACUAUGAGCUGGACCCUGAAGACACCAUGCUAGAGGAGAAUGAAGUGCGCACCAUGGUUGACCCCAACUCCAAGAACGAUCGCAAACUGCAGGAACUCAUGAAGGUGCUGAUCGACUGGAUAAAUGACGUUCUGGUGGGCGAGAGGAUCAUUGUGAAAGAUCUAGCUGAAGAUCUGUAUGAUGGACAGGUCCUGCAGAAACUAUUUGAAAAGCUUGAAGGGGAGAAGCUGAAUGUGGCCGAGGUGACUCAGUCAGAGAUCGCCCAGAAGCAGAAGCUGCAGACGGUGCUGGAGCGCAUCAAUGACUCGCUCAAACUCUCCACCAGGAGCAUUCGAUGGAACGUUGAUUCUGUCCAUGCUAAGAGUAUUGUUGCCAUCUUGCACCUGCUGGUGGCGCUGUCACAGCACUUCAGAGCACCAAUCAGAUUGCCAGACCACGUCUCUAUCCAAGUGGUUGUCGUCCAGAAAAGAGAGGGCAUCCUUCAGUCCAGACAAAUCCAAGAGGAAAUCACUGGAAACACAGAGGCCUUCUCUGGCAGACAUGAACGCGAUGCUUUUGACACCCUGUUUGACCACGCUCCGGACAAACUGAACGUAGUCAAAAAGACUUUAAUCACCUUUGUGAACAAGCACCUGAACAAGCUCAACCUUGAGGUGUCGGAGUUGGACACACAGUUCGCAGAUGGUGUUUACCUGGUCCUGCUGAUGGGGCUGCUGGAGGGAUACUUUGUACCACUCUACAACUUUUUCCUCACACCUGAGAAUUUUGACCAGAAGGUCCACAACGUGUCCUUCUCUUUUGAGCUGAUGCAAGAUGGAGGUCUGGAGAGACCAAAGCCCCGACCAGAGGAUAUUGUGAACUGUGACCUUAAAUCCACGCUGCGUGUCCUCUACAACCUCUUCACCAGGUACAGGAACGUCGACUGAAGACCACGUGCAGCAAGAAAGAACACAUCGAAACGCUUAUCAAAACAUUCUUUCAGUUUCCUUUUCUUUUUUUAAAUGCUUGCAUCACCUGACGUCCUUUUUGGAAAGUGUUCCACAAACAUAAAUCUACCUUCUUCUAUACCCCAGAGGAAACAUUUAGUUUGAGUGUCACAUGUUUUUUUUGUCUUAAUAAAUCUGACCGCUCCACAGUCCAGCAGACCAAAGGUCAACAACAACCUGUAUCUUUUAAUUCUAAGAUGUUUUUAUUGAAGCUGUAUUUAUUGCUCAUUGUGAUACACCCGUUCUUUUUUACCUUCUAGCUGCUUGAUGUUCUUCUUCUUCUUCUGUGUCCUUUGUUUCAGUAAUAAGUGCCUUUAUUUAAACAUGUGAACACACAAUACUUCCUAAGAUGAUGUAUUUGCUCCCCUGCUGUCUUAAUGCUCCAGUGUGUGUUUGUUUUCAUGUGUAGGGGAACAUUUGAAACAUUUGACCAAAGCUGUUGUAUUCACACAGAAGGCUUUCACUCUGCAGACUCUUGCUUUCUUGUAUAUUGUACUUUAACACACAUUGUAUAUUUCUAAUUAUGGUUCACUAUCAUGACAUAUUUAGUAUGCUUCUUAUGAUUAAUCAUAAUAUACACUACCAGUCAGAAGUUUGGACACACCUUCACAUUCAAUGUUUUUUAUUUCUUUUAAUUAUUUUCAACAUUGUAGAUUAAUACUGAAGACAUCCAAACUAUGAAAUAAUCUGGCUUUACCAUAAUCUGGAUUACAACAGUAGUCAAAUAGGGCUAUCCAUUGUGUACUAACCCUACCUCUGAACAACACAACUGAUGGUCUCAAACACAUUAAGAAGGCAAGUCAUUCUACAAAUGAACUCUUGACAAGGCUCAUGUUCAUUAGAAACCAUUCCAGGAGACCACUUCAUGAAGCAGACUGAGAGAAUACCAAGAGUGUGCAAAGCUGUCAUGAAGGAAAAAGGGGGCUACUUUACAGAAUCUAAAAUAUAAAACACAUUCUGCUUUGUUUAACAUUUUUUGGUUCAUUACAUAAUUCCAUAUAUAUUCUUUCAUAGUUUUGAUGUCUUCAGUAUUACUCUACAGUGUUUACAAUCAUUACAAUAAAUACAAACCCUUGAAUGAAAAGGUGUUUCCACACUGUUGACUGGUAGUGUAUGUCUCAUAAACAGUAGAUUUCACUUCCUGCUUUAUCAUGUAUUCUGUGUCCUCUGAUGCUAUUUCACAUUUCCAAUUAACAAAGGCACUACAUGUGUAUGUUUUGAGCUGAUGACAUUCUGUCAUGAUUUACUCUAAUGCAUACCAUUCAAUAAAUACUUCACUCCCUGAA